GACCGAAACGUCUCAUGGAACCGAAAAUUCAGAAACCGGACCCUUGGCCGGUACUGUCUGUGAUCGGGUCGAUUGUGAGAAUAAACCGACUGAACCGGUAGACAAUAUCGGGUUAAUAGUGGCCCUUGAGAUCCGGCCCAAUAAGCAGAACAGUCUGGUUUUAUCAUCAGAUAUUAUUAUUUAUGUCAGUGUGAACAACCUUAUGCCGUGGCCUCGGGGCCGACGCGGCUUGUGUCGGGUCCGAAUGGCGGGGGAUCUCGUUAUUGCUGAAGUGGCCGGUCGCGCGGAUCAGAUCGCGUCGGGGUUCGUCGGGGCGUUCCGUAGAGCAGGCCUCCUCUACUCUGCGUCCCGGGGGCGCUAACCUCGUCUUCUCACCUGCACACAGGUCGGGUCGGAAGCUCGGCAUGACCCCUCCGACAAUCAAGUUAGUGAUGUGAAGUGGGAGCAGAUAGCGUCUGACACUGGUGCUGGCGUGGCAUGAAGGACCGAGUCUGAGCAGAUCGUUAAUGGGCCUCGGUCUGCGUUCUAGUUCGUUUGACCAGGUUUCGUCGGGUCGAUUGAGGUGUGAGGCGUCAUUUGGGACAGUUGACGUCUGCUCGGGUCUUGUCACCAUUUAUUACCCUCAUCAUAUUCCCCCCCGAAGGAAGUCAUGCGUCGGCUGUUGCUGGGGAGUUCAAGGCGUGGCUUUGGUUUUGAGAAAUUGUACCGGCCGGGCAUUUUGCCGGUCCGGCUAAGAGGGGUUAGAUGUGCAACGGUGACCCUAGGUAGGGUGCGGCCGAGGAGCACAGCUCAGUCAAGCAGGCCAAACAGAAGCUGUGGUUUCGGGAAGCAUGAAGCCGAGAAGCACGACGUAGGCGAGCAGGCCACGCAGGUGUGUUCUCGGGCGGCAUGAGGUCGGGGAGCAUGACACAGGCGGGCGGGCUGCGCAGGUGUGUUCUCGGACGGCAUGAGCCCGAGGAGCACGACGCAGGCGGGCAGGCCGCGCAGGCGGGCAGGCCGCGCAGGUGUGUUCUCAGGCGGCAUGGGGCCGAGAAGCACAUCUCAGUCGAGCAGGCCGAACAGAAGCUGUGGUUUCGGGAAGCAUGAAGCCGAGAAGCACAACGCAGGCGGGCAUGCCGCGCAAGUGUGUUUUCGGGCGGCGUGAGACCGAGGAGCACGACGUACGCGGGCAGGCCGCGCAGGCGUGUUUUCGGGCGGCGUGAGGCCGAGGAGCACGACGCAGGCGGGCAGGCCGCGCAGGUGUGUUCUCGGGCGGCAUGAGGCCGAGGAGCACGACGCAGGUGGGCAGGCCGCGCAGGUGUGUUAUCGGGCGACGUGAGGCCGAGGAGCAUGACGUAGGCGGGCAAGCCGCGCAGGUGUGUUCUCGGGCGGCAUGAGGCCGAGGAGCACGACGCAGGCGGGCAGGCCGCACAGGUGUGUUCUCGGGCGACGUGAGUUCGAGGAGCACGACACAGGCAGGCAGGUAGGCCGCGCAGGUGUGUUUUCGGGCGACGUGAGGCCGAGGAGCACGACGCAGGCGGGCAGGCCGCGCAGGUGUGUUCUCGGGCGAUGUGAGGCCGAGGAGCACGACGCAGGUGGGCAGGCCGCGUAGGUGUGUUCUCGGGCGGCAUGAGGCCGAGGAGCACGACGUAGGCAGGUAGGCCGCGCAGGUGUGUUCGCGGGCGGCAUGAGGCCGAGGAGCACGACGCAGGCGGGCAGGCCGUGCAGGUGUGUUCGCGGGUGGCAUGAGGCCGAGGAGCACGACGCAGGCGGGUAGGGGCCAAGGAGCACAGCUCAGACGGGCUAAGCCCGAGGAGCUACUUGUGUUGUUGUCCCUCCAUGCCCAUUUAACAGCGACGGGGCCUGAGAACUUCCAUGCCUUAUUGCCUCUUUGCGGGGGAGUUUGUUGCGUUUGCAGCACACCUUUAGACGUCGAGAUCGAGGCGUCAGGGCUCUGCCGCUUCCUUGCCCCGGAGUCGCCACGUCAGGCCUUCAUUAUGGUGGGACGUCCCUUGGCAUUCCUAACGGGACGUGACGACUAUACAUGUGCGUGGGUGGGUUGUCAUCCAUUCUCGGGAGGCGAAGGGGCGCUGGUUCUGGCGGGAUAUCUUCUUUAAAUAACGAGCGUCCGACUUUGUUCCCAUCUCUCGCUGCUGAGUUUUCCUCUUCGGGUCUCGCCGUCCUCUUUCCAGUCGUCCUCCUCGCCUCCUGCGUCGCCUUAUUUUCCCCAGUAGCCCCUUCCCGUUAAGGUCAGUGAGGAUGACAUCCUCUUCUUCCUCCCCUUCUUCCGAUAGAGCUAGGGAAGGAUCUCAUCUGCCAUCCCCCGACCAAUCCUCCGACGAGGAAGCGGCGCGGGCUCUAGAGGCUUUAAUGUGGCCGCACGACCUUGACUCCACCAUGAGCGGGCCAUCGUUGAGGAGACUCCAGGAACGCUAUAGUAUCCCGGAGGAUUAUACCCUCAACGCCCCCGAACCAGAGCAGCGAGCCUACGACCCGAUUCCGAAGGGUUUUGCGUUAACCCUAGACGCCCUAGAGGCGGGCCUGCGCCUUCCCUUGCACCCACUCAUCGUGUCUUGUAUUUCUCUCUGGCGGAUUUCGCUGUCCCAGGUGGCGCCGAACUCUUGGCGCUACCUAGUGGUGUUCCUGGGGGAAUGCCACUACGCCAAUAUCACCCCCACUCUCAAUCUGUUCCUUUCUUGUUACCGUCUUUCCAAGGGGUCGGGGGGUUAUUUCCUGUCUGCCCGAGCAGGUUUUCGAGUCGGGGGAGCCCCUUCCAACAACAAAGGGUGGAAGGGGAGGUUUUUUUAUGUCAACUAUGCAAGGGAUUGGGGUUUUGGGGUUCGGUGAUCCGCGAGAGCGAUCGACAACACCGUCCCGAGCCUGAGCGAAGAAGAGCGCCGGGGUCUAGGGAGGCUUAAAGAGGUUCUCCCCAGUUCCCAGGCCAUCCGAAAUAUGACCGAGCGGUGGCUGGUCGAGGCGGGUCUCAGUCCGACGCCUCAGGGUAUGUUAAUAGCGCCUGGUCCGGGUAUUGCAUGGCUCAAUCUUAGUACUAACUUUUACCCUAUUUCUUGCAGAAAUGAACCUUCGAUCCCUUCUAGGCGAUCGGGCGUCGUCGGCUUCUCCUCCAAUUCCAUCAGCCGACCCGAAGCCCGGCUCGAAGGACGCCCCGUUAGAGGUCGAGGUCGGGCGCCCUCGGAAGAAGGCGAAGAUCACUUCCUCCAAAGGGGCUGAGGCGGGCCCUCUCCGAGCCGCAGCGGGCCCUAGUCGAGAGGCGACGGGGAAAGAUCCACGCCCUCCCUCCAUGCGUGAUCUGUGUCACCUGCCCACGGGCGAUGAGCCGUUCCUCUCGCGGGUGGUGGGCGAGAUACCGACAGGGGGAGGGAAGUGACCCCCUAGUCGCCCGCUGGGGGGGCUUGUCCCGAGGGUACAAAGUGUGGGCCGGAGGAGAUCCCUCGACCGCAUUUCUUUGGGGUGCUCUUCAUCCCGAUAUGGCUCAGGACCUAUAUACCCUGCUUUCGGAGGCUCUGCUUGGCAAGUCCGCCAAGUCUUUAACAUGGGUAAGUGCUACGCCUGCCACCUCGGGUUAUUUAUCUGACGGUGUUCUCCCUGACCUAUCUUCCUUCUUAUAGGGCCUUCAUUACGCGACGACCCUGAUGGACCGAGUGCGUGACGCUGGCCGAAUCAUUGGGGGCCUCAACAGCCGCAAUGCCGAGCUUUGCCGUCAGGUCGAGGAGGUCCGAGCCGGGGCUGGCCUAGAAGCCGUGGCGGUCGCUAAGAAGCGCGCGGCAGACUCGGAGACGGAGGUGGCUCGCCUCAAAUCGGAGCUCCAGACAUCCGAAAACUCGAAUAAGGAGCUCCAAAAAAUCCUACAGACCGAGCUCCGUUUGUUGAGGGCGGAGGUAAGCACCUUCAGUCAGAAGCUGGAGGGGGCGAAGGCUGAGGCGAGAGCGGCCUCCGAAGCGCUUGCCGAGGAGGCACGCCUCCGACCCGACAAGGACAAGGAGCUUAUUGUGGCGUACAAGAAGUCUGAGGGGUUCGAACUCGGGUUGACGCGGACGGGACGGGUUUCCUUUGAAUAUGGAUACCGGAUCACGACAUCCCGCUUCCGCGCGCGCCACCCAGGCCUCGAGGUAGAGGAGGACCCCUUCACUCCCCACCCCGAAGAUCUGGAGGUGGACAUGCCCGAGGAUGUCCCUUUCGACGACCGCCUGAACGCCCCAUAGGAAUAAAAGGGUCCUAUAUUUUUUUGUGGUUUUUUCCUAAGGUAUCGAUCGGUCUGUAAGUCGGGGUCGAGUCCUGUAGUGUUAAUUUUUCUCAAAUGAAAGAACAUUUUCUUUUCUCGCAUAUUGCCAGUCUUUUGCUCUCUCACACGAAGAAUUUUUAAGGUUUUGGACGUUCCAUGUCCUUGGUAAAGAACAGCCAUCAUCGUGGUGAGCCGGUACGUGCUUGGUCAAACAAUCCCGACGACCCGAUAGGGUCCUUCCCAUUUGGGGGUGAGUUUACCGUGUGCUCGGGUUGGGUUACUUACCUCAGCCCUGUGCAGCACUAGAUCAUCCAGCCUGAUAGGUCGGGGACGUACCUUUCUGUUGUAAAUCCUGACGAUGGCUCUUUUGUAUGGGAGGGCCUUCAGGUGCGCGUUGGCUCGCCUCUCCUCGAGCAAGUCCAAUCCGACUCGGAGUCCCUCGGCCG